CCGCCAUCAUCUCCCUCACCAGUCCUCUCGAUGCCUGUAGAUGGUCAGUAGUUUCCCCCUUUUUCAACUCUGUCGUCAGUUCCGACGCCGUUUGGGUUAAGUUCCUACCGUCCGACUACCAGAAUUUGGUUCCCGCAUCGCGAUCCACUUCUUCCUUGAAGGACCUUUAUCUCAGCCUCUGCGAUCAUCCUGUACUCAUUGAAGAUGGCAAAAAGCUUUUCACUGCACAAAAGGAGUGGGAAGAAAUGUUACUUGCUAGCUGCUAGGGACCUCGCAAUUACAUGGGGUGAUACUCCUCGUUAUUGGAGUUGGAACUCCAUACAAGAUUCCAGGUUUCUCUCUCUCUCUGAACUCCAUACGAGAUUCCAGCUCACACACACACACAUGCAAACACCACACAGAAAAUGCAGACAAAAGGGAUGCAUGACACAGUUUCACUCACACCCAACCAAAAGAAUUCAAGCAUGUAGUUGAUUGUUUUUAAGUGUCUUCUCGAACUAAAAAUGAAUAAAUAUGUGAAGAUUAAUGUCUAUAAUUCAUGCUUAAUUACAAUCAGGUUUCCUGAGGGUGCAGAGCUUCUCGGUAUUUGUUGGUUUGAAAUCGUUGGGAGGAUCAGUACUUGCAAGCUUUCUUCAAUGACAUUAUAAGCAAGGAGAGUCCGGUGGAUGUACCUAUCAGAGUGAAUUAGCCAUUCAUUAAACAUCCCAUUAGAGA